UCAGUCAUGGAGAGCAGGAGCUCCAGUUUUCUGUACAAUUCCAUGGCGCUGCUGAUUGUGUCGUCUGUUAAGCUCGUAUUAGCACUUGACGAGUUUGUUUGUUUGUGUUUUUGCUUUUUUGUUUUUCCCUGGCCACAAUUCUGCUGCUGCGAAAUUGACAUUGUCUUUGGCCGGAGAGCGUGAAGAAUGGUUUGAUGCUCUGUUGUUGUCGUCGUCUUCGUCGAUCGCUUGUAGCUCUGUUGCCGAGAGUGCAGGCGUUCCUCAUCGUCUCCGAUGGAGGCGACCAGGAAAUCUCCGAGGAAGACCGCGAGGAAGGCGUCUGCUCUCGAGACGGUCGGCGUGGAACAUGAAUUGGAGGUCACGGAGAUGAGGAAGGGGGUUAAGAGUAGAAAGAAGAAGAGAGGGAGAGGGAACAGCUCCUGUGACGAUGACGAUGACGUGAAGAUCAGUAGUUUGAUGGCAACCAAACGGAAGAGAAAGCCUUCGGAAGAUGAUAGAGCUGACGAGGAGGAGAAUAUGACGCCACCGUCGAAAAAAAAGGGGAAGGGUUCUGUGCACGAGAGCAAAAGUGAGAGUGAUCACGUGGAUGCUGGUGUAUUCACUGCUGGUGAUGGAUUAGGUUUUGCUACUCAAGUUGUCGAGACAGAUGUCGGAGUUAAAAUGAUCGAGGAGGAAUUAGAGGACAGACAGCUUUCAAUCGAUGAUGACUUGCCCUUGACGCAGCUCUCUAGUUUUCGAGCGCAAGAGACAGAUGAAGGAGAUGCAUUGGAAGUGCAAGAGCAAGAACGACAUUCUAAACCCCGGGUGAUUGCAGCUUCUUCUCUACCUAUCGUAUUUGGCGAGAAAGUCAACAGAACGAAGGUGCUGUUGGAGUGCGAGGGAGAUGCGCUUGAUUUAAGCGGGGAUAUGGGUGCAGUUGGGCGCUUCACUGUAAAUCGACCCGAUGAUGAGCUUCUGUUGGAUUUGAAAGGUGUUGUUUACAAGACAACAAUUGUUCCCUCCAACACAUAUUUUGUGGUGAACGUGGGACAGAUGGAGGCAAAGGUGGAAUCCAUCAUGACCGAUUUUAUGCAGUUGCGAGCUGAUACGAGUUGGAAUGAGAACGAAACUAUGGUUGAGGGAACUUUGAAAGACUUUGCAUUUGAAUCCGAUGAAGAAGGCGAACGGCCUGCAGUUGAUGGCGAUGACAUGCCUUCCAUUGCCGAAGAAGUUAAACAUGAAGAGGGUGCUGCUGCUGCUGACAAACUAGCAAAGAAGAAAAAACCAUCUGUUAAGACUAGCGGUAAAGUGCCUGUGAGGAAAGCAGCGGCAGUUAAAUCAAAAGUUGGAAAAGGAAAAACCAGUGCAAAGGGUGGAGUGGGAAGAAAACCUAGUGUUAAAAAGGCCAUAAAGGCAAGUAUUGGGAAAAAAUGAAAGCAAGUGCAGUGUGUGUACUGUAUUGGGGCACUGCCGAGUAGGUAUGUGUCUGUGCCAGGCUGUAACAUCUCUCUUGUUAAUUGUACCCUACAAAUGCUUACAUAUUCACUGUUCCAGUAGUCAAUUUAUUUACAUUCUAGUUUGUAUCCUUAAUUAUGUACAAAAAUCUGUCUCACACUGCUGCUUCAUAUAUGUUAAAUAUAUGAAUCGAAUAAAGUUCUCCUUUGCUUA